CGCCCUGCAACCCGGAGCUGAAGGCGAAUCCGCCAAACCUGCCCAACGUGCUUGGCAAUGCGCAAAGCAUGGGGGUCAACGUUGCCGGUGCGGGUUUACUAGGGAUGAAUGACGGGAUGGGCUACUGAGAGCCGUGUCUCCUCCCUCCCCCCUUCCUUACCUGCAACAGCAAUCCGAAAGCAACACAAUAGACCUGGGAAUGGGGGAAACGGGUGGGAAAAGGAAAACAUUGCCUUUCGGGUGUCGUUUAGCGAGGUGUUCUCGGCGUCCAUUUCACUUGGGAGCGAGGAUGAAUUUCUCUCCUGCUCCAUGCACACCGGGGAACCUCUCGUACACGACCGAGCGUCGAGGAUCUUUUGCUUUGGGACGAAAACGUGCGCGCGGCGUGCGCUGGAGGAGAUCAAGAAACUGGGGCCCCGAAGACCUUCGACUUGCUUUUUUGUCGUUACGAUACCCUGUGCUGCGUUCAUUGUUUGAAUUCCGCUUUCGCGGGGAACGUGUUUGGUACGUUUUGCUUCGGCGUCUCCCUUUCAUUCCCUGCCUUCUCGUUUUAUUUGCUGCCAAGCAGCGAAACUGCACGGUUUGGGGGAACGGCGGGCGGGCCGGUUGCUUGUUUGACGGGGGCGUGCGCGCAAAAUACAUACAUUUAGAUUGUGGGGGGCUUCCUCUUCCCUCACGGUGCAUGACGGGCUUCUGGCGAGUUGGGCGGUGUUGCGUGGGUUCACUCAGUAUACAAAAAAGUUUGCAGGUUAUGGCGUGGGUUCGGAUGGUGGUGCUGGUGGGUGCGGUCAAGGGCUGGGUUUGUUGCUAUUGGUGGUUGAUGCCGGAUAGAAUAUGUGGAUUGUGGGUUAGGAAUGAAUGGUUUUGUGCGCUCCUUUCACGAUUGCGGAGUCCCAUCUCGUGGUGAUUGCAUGUUGCCUGCGCAUGCAUGAAUGAGGUCGAGGUGUGUUCUACGUCGGUCCAGCGCUGGUGGCGUUUGGCGAUCUGUGUGUCCACUUGCGGUCGU